AUGUCGACCACCACCACCGCUGCCGUCGCCAACGACAUCGAAGACACCACACACCUCGUCUCCGUCCUCCUCCUACGCACCCCCGUGCCCACCUCACAGGGCACCGACCCCUACCACGAUGCCUUUGGCUCCUUUUGCCUCCCCUCGUUCGCCGACUCGGCACUCGAGUCGGGCACCUCGACACCGCUCCCCGGCGCAGCAAGCAUCGGACCCCUGAGCACCGCAACAGACCCAAGCGCAGUCGACCUCAUCAAGACCGCACUCGCCCAGACCACUGCGGCAGCAGCAGCAGCAGCAUCAGCAACAGCCUCGGCAGCGACGGCCUCGUCCCCUUCGUCCUCCUCCGGGUUACCCACCUCGCCCACCGGACGCCGCAAGGGCAAAUUCAUCCAGGACACCCCACGCCUCAUGACCCACCACCUCUCCUUUCCCCUCGACGAACGACAGCAGGAGCACGAGAUCGAGUACUGCGUCACCUCGUUCCCCAUCCUCUCCCACGACCUCGUAAAUACCGACGCCCUCGCAGAUCGCCUCCUCAAGGGGCAUCCGGACCCGCACGAUCCCACCUCGCGCACCCCUUACCGCGGCGUCAUCGUCACCAGCCAGCGCGCUGUAGAGGCCUACGUCGCAGCCGGACAGCGCGCCUACCAAUCCCUCCGCUCCCAGGGCAGGUCCACCUCCGACUCGCCCACCCUCUGGACCCGCAUCCCCUUUUUCGCAGUCGGCCCCGCCACGGCCACGGCGCUCCGAAACGUUCCCCUGGCGCCCUGGCUGCGGCCUCGCCUCGUCAUGGGCGGAGAGGCCACCGGCACCGGAGAGGCCCUCGCAAACUACGUCAUCCGCCACUUUUCCAGCCCCUCGCUCAUCGACCACACCGCCGCCCGCGACCCAAUGGCCUCAGUGGUCCCGCAACCGCUCGCAGCGUCAGGUGUGGCCGCCUCCUCCUCCUCCUCCUCGUCUCCAUCCUCCUCGUCGGCCACUGCUCCGGCACCGCAACCGGAACCCAUCCUGUACCUCGUCGGCGACAAGAACGCGCCCACUAUCCCCACGCUCCUCUCCUCGCCGCCGCCGCCAUCGCAGCCCAUCCCGUUCGAGGAGCUGCAGGUCUACGAGACCGGGCCCGACCGCCACUUCCACGAGGGCUGCGCCGCCCUCGCAAAGUCGCUGCCCACCGUCAUCUCUCGCCCCGUCAGCCGGCGGCCCAGCAGCGGCAGCUUCAGCUCGCGACCAGGCAGCCGCAGGCCCAGCGGCAGCGGGUCCCGCACCCCCAACCCGGCCGGGGCCUCGUCGGAUGCGGCCGAGACAGCGUCGACGGCGGUGCUGGACGAGGCACGGAAGCCUCUGUCGCACAACUACGUGCCGUCGGUCGGCACGCCGCUAGGCGUCAGCACCAUGACGCCGGCCGCUACCGCGUCCUCGGGCCAGUCGUCGUCGUCGUCGUCCGAGGGAGCGGCCGCAGCUGCGGCGGCGAAAAAGGCGACUCAGGGCGCCGGUAUCGAAGGGGGCGGCGCCGGCUCGACGAUGCUGCCCUCGGCUGCACAGGUGGCGUCGCCGGCGACUCUCAAUCCGGAGCCCAUGAACCCGCUUGAGGAGGACGCGAUCCUCAAGGCGCUGCGCAACAAGACGCAGGGCCGGUCAUCGUCGACAUCUUCGGCAGCAGCCGCAGCCAGCGAGGCAACGGGCAAGCCACCGAGCCGCAUGGCCGAGGCCAAACCGGACUGGAUCGUCUUUUUCUCGCCCAGCGGCGUCGGCUACGCACUCGACGAAUUCCGCCGUCGCAAGUGGCUGCCGCCGCCGCCGAUCGCGGUCAAAAAGGCGUCGCCUCAGAGCAGCGGCAGCGGCAGCGGUAGCGGCGAUUCUGCCGGAGCAGGAGGGAGCGCUUCGGGCGCCCCGGCCGGGCCAGCAGCGAACGGCGCUGCGUCAGACGUCGACAAGGAGGCCAGUCCGGGGCAGCCAUCGAACGCGGCGGCCAAGGCGUCGGGAGACGACAAGGACCAGCCGCAGCCGCAGCAGCGUGCGACCACCACCGUCACGAGCCAGGCGGCGGGCCGGCGGCGGUAUCCGCGCAUCGCCGUCAUUGGGCCGACGACGCGCAACUGGAUCGUCGAGAACCUGGGCGUCGAGCCGGACGCUGUGGCGGCCAAGCCGGGCCCCAAGGAGCUCAAGGAGGCCAUUGAGCGCGUCGAAGUCAGGGUCAAGACGGGCACGGCGACGGCAUCGGCAUCGACAUCGCCUUCGUCGUCAUUGUGA